UGCCUGAAAAGCAUGCAGGACUUUGUUCAGGAAUUUGCUGUCACAUACAGGAUUCUCUGAAAGCUGGGUGGUUUUUUCCCUCUCUGAGGGGUUGGACUUGUUCCUUUAUAAACACUGUCUACAGACCCGAGAUCUUCCUUAAAAGUGACUGUUUUGUGCUGAGCUGCUGGCCGUACUUUAGUGAAGCACAAAAUGCAUUUUAGAAACUUUAAUUAUAGUUUUGGUUCUCUAAUUGCCUGCGUGGCAAACAGUGAAGUCUUCAAUCACAUGGAAACAAGGGCCAAAUUUGAAUCACUGUUUAGAACAUAUGACAAAGAUGCCACUUUUCAGUAUUUUAAAAGCUUCAAAAGAGCACGAAUAAACUUCAGCAACCCUUUAUCAGCAGCAGAAGCUAGAAUUCAGCUACACAAAACAGAGUUCCUUGGAAAGGAAAUAAAACUGUAUUUUGCACAGACUUUGCAUAUUGGAAGUCCACAUUUGGCUCCACCAAAUCCAGAGAAACAGUUUUUGAUUUCACCUCCAGCCUCUCCUCCUGUUGAUUGGAAACAAGUGGAAGAUGCUACUCCAGUUAUUAACUAUGACCUCCUAUAUGCUAUCUCCAAGUUAGGGCCAGGGGAAAAGUAUGAAUUACAUGCUGCAACUGACACAACUCCCAGCGUUGUUGUCCAUGUAUGUGAGAGUGACCAGGAAAAUGAUGUGGAGGAAGAAGAUGCAAAGAAACCCAAACCAAAAAUUAUUCAAACAAGAAGGCCAGAAUAUACUCCAGCUCAUUUAAGUUGAAACACUCCAGCUUUCAUAGUUUAUAAAGAAACACAUUCAAGGGAAACAUUUUAUUGUGAAAAUGUCAGGUCACUGUUUUGGUGGUGGCGGCAGCAGUAGUAGGAGAAGUUCCAAUGUCUUGUUACUCAAACACAGGAAGUUUCCUCCUUGUUUUUAAUGCUGCACAUCGGUUAAUAGUAUGCGAUGCAAAAUGGCCUUCCCAGAUCAUUGGGUCAGAAGGAUAAGCAGAAAAAAGUUUAAGAAAGAAUUGUUAAACUGAAAGUCAUAUUUCUUCUAAAGAAACAGUUGUUUCAGGUACUCUGGGCUGUUUCAUUAUAAAACAGAUGGGGGAAGCUUUCUUUGUUAUGUCUUAUGAGUCUUCUAAUUCAUAGAUUUAGACAUUGUGUGAAGUGCAUAGUGAUAUUGAGAUGGUUUUAAAAAUUAGGAUGUGAGAAUUAUAAACUUUUCUUAUGUUAGAUUUUGUGCAUCUGUAUAACUGACCAUCAACAAACUUUUGCAUUAUUUUCUAAAUAGUUUAGUUUACAUUUUGGGAAAUCUGAGAAAUUGUCUAAGAUAUUUAUUAUCUCCCAGCAUCCUAGGGCUCUUACUGUAUGUAUAUUUGUUGUUUUAUUGGCACUCAGUUUCCAGUUGGCAUACAGCUUUUUUGGCACCUUAAUUUGGUGCAAUAUAAUUUGUGCUUUUUAAAUUUUACUCUAUUAAAUGCCUAUGUUGGCUUUGUCUACUGAAGUUAUGAAAAAAUGUGCAAUAGGAAAAUUGUUAAACUAAACUCAAUUUUUUUAAUUAUUUAAACUUUAAUUUAUACCAUUUUGAGUAAUACUGGGUCAUUAAUGUUGACUCCCUCCUUUGAAAAAAGAGAGAAUAUUCUUUAACUUGUAAAUAAAUCUAACACUGUAUAUUCACAGAAAAGUACCUUGUCAGUGAGAAGUAUGGCAGUGAGAAGAAAUAUGAAAUCCGUUAUGCAGUCAUGUGAACCUGUACAUGGUAGCUGUCACAGAUAAAGCUUUUAACUGUGAUUUGAAAAGACAGAUAUGAAAUGGAUGAUAAAUGUAUGGUGUGCUCGAGAGGGAUGGAGUGCCUUUCCCCAUUAAUUUCUGAUGGGAUUGUUAUACUAGCUAAACACUUGUAUUUUUUUCUAAAGCUGUGUAUGUCUAGAAAGUUUGUAUCCACUUUUAGCUUUGUUUCCAAAACAAACAGAUAUUUAGAAAUGCUUAAUGCAAAGUAAAAAUGCGUGCAUCUGCAAUUCAGGUUAUAGCUGUGGGAACAGACAUACUUCCAUUCUGUCCUCUUUGGCAAGAAAGGACAGUGGGGAAGGAUGCACAAGCUUUCACAUGUUUUCCUAAUAAAAAACAUGACCCACCAGUUUUGUUUCUUACAAUCUGCUUUUAAAAUGAAGAUUAUAAUCUUGAAAUGGAUUUUAAUAAUUUUUGAAAGUACAGUAACCACUACUUGUAGGGCGAGGAAACAUUUCUCCUUUCAGAAGAAGAGGAGCGGCAAGCUAUUCAAUGUUUUUUGGGUGGUUUUUUUUUUUUUAGAAUAAAAAAAACCUGCUCCUCUUCUCAUUGGAAUCAGUAGGAACAUUUCUGUUGGCUUCAGCAGGAGUAGGACCAAACUUAAGAAUGUGCUUUGUAUCUGUUACAUUAAGAUAAUUUUGUGCCAUUUGUAGCCGAUAUCAUCUUAGCUGCCCUGUAUUAGAAUCCAUGGGUAAAAUAACAGUAGUGGGAAGAGCACAGUGAUAUGUGUACUGAUGAAUUUUUAUAGUCAUUCCGAUGGAUAGUGCAGUAUAGACUUUAAAUUACAGGCCUGCCAUUGUGUUGAACAAGAUGCAAAAAUUCUACUGUAACCAAAGAAACAGGAAUGUGUUCAAACUUCAUAUUAAUCUGUAGUUGCAGGGCCUUAUUCUCAUUGCUUUGACUGACAACAUGCACACAAGCACUGAUACUUGGUGUGCUUCUUUCCCAGCUUGAGAGGUUCUCUCCCCCUGUUAUGCUGCUUAAUAUAUGAGGUUUGCCAAUGCAGAAUGUCACCCAACCUGGCUGUAAAUUAGCUGCGUUAGAAAUAAAACUUCACAUACUGUGUUGGUAUAGACAUUCAUGAGUCCACAGUGUUUUGAGUCAUUGAAACAUAAGUAUUGGUCAGCUAGGUAUAUUUCUCCUUUUCUGUUUAAAUGCUGGGCAUGCUGCCCAAACUAAACACAUCAAAGUCCUAUAACAGAUGCCUCAAGCAUCUCUUUUCAGGAUUCCUCAUGUAUCACAAGGCAUUAUUGCAAAAUUUGAUGCAGAUGCUUUAUAUAUCCCCUUUGUUCAACACAAAGCCAUUGGCCUAACUUCAGUAGCGUGUUGUUUUACCUCCUCAGCCCUACCAGUAUAAGGCAUGGAUGCUUGGGAUUGCUGCUGUUGCAUCUUGGCAAUCCUGUAGAAGCAUCACUUAUUUUCAGUAAUAAAGGAAUGUAAUGCAUUUGACAUGAUUUUUCCAUGUUAGCACACUGACACCCAGCAUGAUGGAGAUUAGACAUCCAGAGCUAUGAAUGACAUGGGAUGGCUGCAGUUUGUGCCAUUUGCGACUAUCACUGUAAACAUAGUUUGCAACAUGGUAACUGCCUAUCUCACUGUCUGUCUCCAGCUUGUGUAUCCUGACCUAUGCCUUGUUCUCUUAGCACCAAAGCGGUGUAUGGCUCACUCUGUUUCUGUUUGAAAUAACAAUUAAUAUGUUAAGACAAACUCUUAAUUGGUAUUUUAUAAGAUUGUAUAGUAUGGGGCAUAUUUAAAUUAAAAUAUUUCAUUGUCUACGUAUACAUGUCAUAGUAUUGCUUAUACAUGAAAUAAUUGAGAUUUCUGGUAU